CCGCUUUACGACAGCCGUAAAGCCGUAAGGACUAGCUGAGAAUAAUGAUAGGAGAUAACUGAGCACUGUUAUACUACUCCACAGAAUAUUGCCUUUCUGGAGCGGUUAAAUCCCGGUUGAGUGUAAUACUGACACUUAGCCGUCCUGUCACUCGUCGCCACGUCUAAGCAAAGUGUUUUAUUAAUAUUCAGGUUCCCUCUGUGAGGCGAAAAGGCGACGAGAGCCAGUGGAAGAAGAAUUGCUUUUAGCCAGUCAUUGCCAUGGCCUCCGAAAGCGGCGACAGCAACAUGGACAGAGAAAUGAUUCUGGCCGACUUUCAGGCUUGCACUGGAAUUGACAACAUUGCAGAGGCAAUCACUCUGUUAGAGCUUAAUAACUGGGAUUUAGUGGCAGCUAUCAAUGGAGUCAUACCACAGGAGAAUGGUAUCCUACAAAGCAACUUUUCUAGUGAGGCAAGCCAAGCCAGCAUGUACGGACCUCCCAGCCAAUCAGAAGCAGCCGAUGCAGCAGCAGGAGGUACAGUUCCUCCCCCGUCUUCUUCAUCUUCAUCCUCCUCUCCUCCGUCGUCCUCCGCUUCAGCUUUCUGCUCCAUCAGCCCCUCCUCCCGACACAUCGUAGAGCGUCAGCCCCAGAUGCUCAACUUCAGGGUGGAGUAUCGGCAGCGCAUGGUAGAACUGGUACUGGAGGAAGGCAGCACAGUCGGAGAAAUCAAACAAAUCCUUGAGACAGAGCUCGGAGUCCCAGUGUCCAAAAUGCAGUUGCAAGGAUGGAAGGCUGGAGAUGUAUCUGAUAGUACGGUGCUGAGAAGUUUACAUCUCCCCAAGAACAACAGGCUGCAUGUCACGACUCCUGAUAUCCCCUCGUCUGCCAGUACCAGCAAAAACAGUGCUCUCCAAGAGUCGUUAAACCAGAAUUUCCUGCUGGUCAUCAGCCACCGUGAAGCCCAGAGGGACUACAGCCUAAACUUCCCCGGCUCCAGAACCAUUCAGGAGGUGAAGAGGAACAUUUCAGACUUGACUAACAUCCCUGUCCGACAUCAACAGUGGGAGGGAUGGCCGGCCUCAGCAUCCGAUGACUCUAUGACGCUAGCAGUCUGUGGAAUAAGCUACCCUUGCCAUCAUCUCAGCGUUUGUCGGAGGUCUGCACCAGCUAAUGCCCAGGAGCCUACAGAAGAGUGUGCUGAUGUCCAUAUGAUCAGUGACAGUGAGGGGGAUGAUUUUGAGGAUGCGUCAGAAUUUGGUGUUGAUGACUCAGAGAUGUUUGGAAUGGGCUCUUCAAGCUGUCGGAAAUCACCUAUGAUGCCAGAGAAUAGUGAGAAUGAAGCUGAUGCCUUACUGCACUUUACUGCCGAAUUUUCUUCAAGAUAUGGAGAGACCCACCCAAUGUUCUUCAUUGGGUCUUUGGAGGCAGCGUCUCAAGAGGCCUUCUAUGGCAAAGCCAGAGAUAGAAAGCUGCUGGCCAUCUACCUCCAUAACGACGACAGUGUCCUCAGCAAUGUCUUCUGCUCCCAAAUGAUGUGUGCUGAUUCCAUUGUGUCCUACCUGAGCCAGAACUUCAUCACAUGGGCAUGGGACGUCACCAAAGAAGCCAACAAAGCCAGACUACUCACCAUGUGUACAAGGCAUUUUGGCAGCGUGGUGACACAGACUAUACGGACGUACAAGACAGACCAGUUCCCCUUGCUGCUCGUAGUCAUGGGCAAACGCACAUCCAACGAAGUCCUAAAUGUUAUUCAAGGCAAUACAACGGUGGAUGAGCUCAUGAUGAGGUUAAUGGGAGCAAUGGAGAUCUUCACAGCACAACAACAAGAGGACAUCAAAGAUGAGAAAGCCGACAAACACAGUGGAGGGGUCGACCGCAUACAAAACCCCAGGGAAGAGUGGUGACGGUCUUUGAUGUGAUAGACAGGAAUCUGGGACAGUAUGACGGGGAGAUCCUCUCGCUGUCAAAGACUUGGACUUGACCCUCUUACCCACAUGUUUACUCAGUGACAUCAAACAAGACAAUGAGUGAAACACCAUGCGUUUUUGUCCAGACAGGCUUUUAGUCAGCUGUGUACUUCAGUAAUCCUUCCACGCUUUCUUUGUACUCUGUACAGAUUUUAGUCUGAUGUUUAGAAAGCAGCAACAAAUCUAGAAUGUACAGUAUUUUGUAUUUGAUUCGUUAUAUAAAGUUCAGUGUAGUGAGUUCACAUACAUAACAUAUGUGUCACCUGUGAAAUCCUUUGUCACUGUCUCUGCUGCUGUUAACUACUGUAUCUAUAGAUGACAGCUGCCACACUGCAUUAGUUCAGUCAGGCAGCAGCUCCUCCAACAGUGCUGUUGUGAUCGUCUCAGGUAUGGGAACCGUGGCUAAGCAGUAGGUCUGUCACACACCUACACUCAGCCUGAGGCCUCCUCAGGUGCGUUACUCAUUGUUGGUGACAGCUAUUCUCUCUGUUACUAUUACUCCAGAGCUCUGGCUUCAUUUUGGAGUUGUCACUCUUAUCACACUUCAAAUAAUCAUUAAGGACAUGAAGUAUUUAACGCAUUUACUGUAUGCGAGUCAGCUACCUGCGAAUCAUGAACUGUAGGUUCACAUUUAAGGCGGGCCUAUUAUCUGAUCCCGGUAACCAUAAUUGCAGGACGUUAUCUAAUGGCCGUCUCUGACUCAUCUUCGCUGAGGCAGCUUUCAGUUGUUGGUGAAUGAACUUCUCCUCCGCACACCCUUCCUUCAUUCUUCCUCCUGCUUUUUUCCUUUUACUGCUCAGACAUAAGGCAAACUCAGACACAAACACAGAUGCUCAACCAAGUCAGACAUUCCUCUUUGACAGUCACUUUUGUGUUUGUCUGGAAGCAAAGCAGCUGGACAGUGUCGUGGCUUCCUCCAACCUACAGUUGUCUGUGUUUUAGCUUAGUUGUUAGUAACAGACUGACUAAUCAGCCUCACACCAUAUUUGGUCAUUGCGAAUGCACUUCAGAUGAAGUACAAAACCAAGGCUUUGGCUGAAGCCAUUACAGGCUUAUGAUUCGUUCUUGGGACAAAGGUGUUCAGACAUUGACAACUUUAAUUUACAGCUUUUUAAAUCUGCUGUAAAAGUUUUCCACAUUAGUGAACAUUGGAUGUGUCUGGCAGUCAUCAUCACUUGAAAAUGACAGCUUUACUGCUUUAGAAUAACACAGUUUGAGCAGAUACAGACACAAUAACGUUUCACGCAUCAGGUGCACGUUCAUUUGAAGCCGGUGAAAACAUUUCACAGCGGUUCAAACCGAGUAUCAUUCAUUAACCGCUGUGAGAUUUGUUUGCGUGACUCAUGGCCUGUCUAUUGAAAGUGGACACUUUUGAUGCUUUUGUGCCCGUCUCCCAUUCUUUUACAGUUUCCUUUCAAUCUGCAUCUAUUAUAGGAGCCAAAAGCACAAAUGUAUCCUUUGCAUUUCAGACUGAAUACAACAAUGCACACUGUGUUCUUUUCCCCUUCGCUGCACAGUGGUCUCCUGAUCAUCACAAUAAGCUAACGUUGCCAUAUCCGGGCUGGCACACAGCAUGGGCCUUUACAAAAUAGAAAAAUAAUGGCAGCGCACUGUUAACACAAUGGGCACUCGUAUUUAUUCCCAGUCUUUAUAAAACACUUUGUAGCCCACAGCAGGUAAAAAGAGAAAGGCCGCUUGUCCUCUUCCCUCUGUACAAACAGGAAGAGAGAGGCAGACUGAAUGAUAGAGAAGGGAACAGUGAAAGUGAGAUGAGGACACAUAAAAGAGACUCAGGAUCUAGUAAAUGACAUCCCGGUCACAUUGAAUUCCCCACUGGUGCUAUUCUUUGUACCUUAAAUUUGUAUGUAACCACAAUUGACAUGCAGCAUUUUCCUCCUAGCUCCCACACCCGGCACCUCGGCUUAGAUGUUUUGUCCUUGUGUGACUUCCAUUAUGUUAAUGCCCCCCCCCCCCCUU